AUGCAUACGUUCGAACCUAAUGCUGUAGUUUCGCUCAACCUUGCUGCGCCGCCGCAACGUCUCUACUCGCUUAUUUACACGUUUAUUUACACCUUAAAACGCUCGUCUACGUUUACAAUCCGCAAAUGUGAUUCUAACGUCGAAGAAUGCUACAUGUUGCAUGCUCGACGGAGUGCUGCCACACUUCUGCCACUGAUUAGGCAGUAUGUUGUUCCAGGAACAACUAUAGUGUCUGGUCAGUGGGCUGCAUAUAGCACCAUCAAGGACAUGCCAGAAGGAUAUUAG